AUGAAAAAAUAUGGUUAUUGCUAUAACUGCUUGGCCAUAUCACAUAGCUACAAGAACUGUGUGACUAAAUUCUCGUGUCGUAAGUGUCACAAAAAACACAAUACUCUGAUACACAGAGAAUCCAGCUUUCGACCUGAAUCCACUCCGGAAAUACCAAACGUCAUUAGUUCGAACCCUGAAAACGCUUCAAGUACCGCACUACCCACCCAAAGCACAAAUACAAAUCGGCAAUCCUACACAACAACUAUACAGUCCACCAAAUCAUCAACCCAAGACCCACCCAACCCAAGUAGGAAGCAGAUAUUACUCGGUACUGCAAUGGUUCAAGUAGAACAUAAUGGCCAGCGAUAUUCCGCGAGAGCUCUUAUUGAUUCAGGAUCGGAAGCCACAUUUAUAUCUCGAAGACUUCAAAGAAGUUUGGAUAUUCCCACCCACUCUGUAUCAGCCCAAGUGACCGGACUAAACAAUGCAGUUUCAGCAACACCAACGAGUAUUUGUGAAAUCACGCUUUGCUCACCCUUGAAUAUAAAUUAUAAGCUAUCAGCACAGGCAUUUAUACUAAAUAGCCUAACUGAUAAUUUACCCUCAUACCCCAUAGAUCCAAAGCAGUGUCUUAAAAAUCUUGGAUUCGCGUUAGCCGACACCCAAUUUCACAAACACAGACCCGUGGAUUUUCUAAUCGGCAGUGAUAUCUAUCCAAGUAUUUUACUCAAUGGAGUAAAGAGAAACGUACUAGGUUCACUCUUAGCUCAAGAGACAGAAUUCGGAUGGAUAUUGUCCGGACCCAUAACCCAGAAUCUACUCACACGUUUUUGGGAGGUGGAGGAAAUCCCAAAGGAAUCCGUAGUUUCCAAAUCGGACCAAAUUUGUGAGGAAACUUUCCAAAAAACUACCGGUCGUAAUCCAGAUGGGCGCUAUAUAGUAACCCUACCCUUCAAAGAACCCGACAAUAUUGAUAUCGGAUACUCUAGACAUAUAGCGUUGGCCCAAUUCCUCCGAAAUGAACGAGCUUUACUUAAAAAACCCGAAGUGAAGGCAGAAUAUGACAAAGCAAUUAUGGAAUAUUUGGAACUCGGACAAAUGAAGAAAGUAGAAUAUGACCCUUCUGGUAAAGCGACCCAAUAUUACUUAUCACACCACGCAGUCAUUAAACCCGAUCGUAUAACCACGAAAUUGCGUGUGAUUACGGAUGGCAAUGCGAAGACGGAUGUCUCCAAUCGCCGUGAGCCCGGCAUGUUUUGUGGCGAGGCCGAGCAGACGCAAACUUUCAUCAGUGAGACCAACUAUGUCAAAGUGUUUACCGAUCAGAAAUAUGUAUGUAAAAGGAAAUAA